CCGGUGGAAGAUGGCGACUGGAGUCCUUCAGAAAGUGAGCAGUGGCUUGGGUCGGGCUAAAAGCAGGGCCCCUCCGGCCGGACAGCUCGUCGCUUGGAGCAGGGGAUUUGCAACAUCAAGCAGUAGACACAGAGAGGACAGCUGGUUUAAGUCCCUGUUUGUGAGGAAAGUUGAUCCCAGAAAAGAUGCACACUCAAACCUACUGACCAAAAAUGAGGAGAGCAACCUCUACAAAAUUCAGUUCCAUAAUGUCAAGCCGGAGUGCCUGGAUGCAUACAACAAACUCUGUGAGGAAGUGUUACCCUCCAUUCAUGCUGAUAAGUAUUACCCAUGUGAACUGGUGGGAACCUGGAAUACCUGGUAUGGAGAACAAGACCAGGCAGUGCAUCUGUGGCGUUACAGAGGUGGAUACCCGGCUCUCACAGAGGUGAUGAACAAGCUCAGACAGAACAAGGAAUUCACAGCGUACAGGAAGGAGCGGGGUAAGAUGCUGUUGUCUCGCAGGAACCAGCUUCUCCUGGAGUUCAGCUUCUGGAAUGAGCCGGUACCACGAGAGGGGCCCAACAUCUACGAGCUCAGGUCCUACCAGCUCAGGCCAGGAACCAUGAUCGAAUGGGGUAAUUACUGGGCUAGGGCCAUUGGAUUCCGCCAGCACGACAGAGAAGCUGUGGGAGGGUUUUUCUCACAGAUCGGGAACCUCUACAUGGUUCAUCACCUCUGGGCUUACAAAGACCUUCAGUCCAGAGAAAACACGAGGAAUGGUGCAUGGCAGCAGGAGGGCUGGCAUGAGGUGGUCUAUUACACAGUUCCACUCAUUCAGCAUAUGGAUUCCAGGAUUAUGAUCCCAACUAAAGCUUCCCCACUGCAGUGAAAUGAGAUGCCUGCUGGGAACAAGUGGCACCCUUCUGAAUGUCAUAUCUAUGAAGAGAAUUAUUAUCAUGGUUUUAACCUCCUGUCAGUGCUGCCAAACAUCCCCCAUCUUUUCUUCUUGUUGUAUUAUUAUCAUUAUUAUUAUUAUUAUUAUUUUUUUUAACAUUUCUCCAGGACACAGGAGGCAGAAACCCUUUGCCUGCUCUGUGUCUGCAGAUAAAAUACUCUCAGACUUGAAGGAUGCACAACUUUUUUUUCCUCUUUCUGGAGUAUUCUGUGUAGAUUUGUUCAAUCUAAACCUCCUGAUGGUCAUUGUGUCCAAUUAUGUCCCGUGCCGCAUUAAUACUGGUCCAUGAAGAGAGCUCAUUUAAGUUCAGAACCAAAGUUACUUGAAAACAAGAGCAGCUGUGUGGUGUGUAAAUGUGAGAACCGAUACGACUAAUAGUACUGCUGACGCUCACUGUGCUCACAGUGCAGUGGAUAUUUAUUUAUUCAGUGUAAAUUUGAAUUAUAUGUUUUAACUGUGCAAAGAAAAGUGGCACUUUAAUAUAAGCCAUGUCAAAGCUGAGUAAAGUCAGAAAUAUUCUUAUGUUUAUUCAUAAGAAUUGCAUUUCUGUUACAACCAAUACAGUGGUACGUCAUUACAAAAGAUACUGUAAAAUGUAAACCUCAGAUUUUAUAUUUUAUUGAGGUCUAUCAUAAAUAUUUUUUGCAAACUACUUUCAUUUCUUUUUUGUGGGUGUUCUUGAGUUUCUUGUCAUGGUAAUGUUGUUUUAUGGUGCUGUGUUUGUAUUAUGGCUACUACUUUUUGUUUUUCUUGUUAAAACAGCAUGACUGGUUUAAAGUUUUUAAUCAUCAUAUUUUAAUGGGCAUAAAUUAUGUAUGAUAAACAUGUUAUCUAUCAAUGGCUCUGUGAAGCAGACUGCAACUUAGUGUAAUAUCUGAUUUUACUGUACAGGAAGCAUGUUUUAUCUUGUUUUUCUUGAGCAGCUCAAAGGGAAAAAGUAUAAUGGGAAAGAAAAAAUGCCAACAGUGAUUAAAAUAAUUCAAUCAUU